UUUCUUUCCUACACCAAAGUAAUGUAGUUCAAUCUUUGCCAUUUUGCAGUACUUGUUUCAUCUUCAUGCUCCACAGACGAAACGGUGGUAGCAGAUUCUGAUUUAGAGGGGGAAACGGCCACAUCAAUUCAGGAAAAUGUCACAGUCUGCACUGAUGAGAACAUUAAAGUUGUGAGCAAAGCUGAAACAUCCAUGGCUUCUGAAGAACCCAUUAAAUUUGUGAGCAAAGAUGAAGUCAUUAAAGUUGUGAGCGAAGCUUAAAUAUCCAUGGUUUCUGAAGAAGCCGUUAAAUUUGUGAGCGAAACUGAAACAGUCAUGGAUCAUGCUGCCAUCAAAUCAAAGGAUAUCUGUGGUACAAGCUACAGAGAUGUUAGUUGUGGUAUUACAGUCAAACUAGACAAGGUUGACGAGUCUGAAUGCGGAAAUUCAGAUAUACUUUGUGAACAACUUUUAGUUGUGCGAGAUACGAACAUACCUUCUCGCUUCAGUACAACCACCAACAAUGGAGUUCUAAAUUUCAAACGCUUCAGAAAGACAAAUACUCAAUCUGGUAAUAGCUUCAACAAUCUAAUUCCAUUUUCGAAGCACUCAUAUAAGUAAGAUUUAUGUCUCUAAUCUUAUUCUGAUUUCUGUGGUGUUUGAAUCAUUGUGUGAGCAUAAUGUAUCCAUUUAACUUUUUGUUCCAUGAUGACAGAGAUUCCAAUGAUGGGAAUGAGGAAAUGGUUGAGUCUGUAAAAGAAGAGAAAGAGCGAAAGCAAAUGGAAGCUAUUGCAGAGGACUUAUUUAACAACAAGAAGGUGAGAAAUGCUUAAUAUUCUAGCUAAACUGAAUGACCCCUCCAUGCCUUAGAUAUGGUAUAUGGUAUAUUCUAGCUAAACUGAAUUACCCCUCAUGGUGGUGAGAUUAUAACAGCUCUAUUUGCUAUAAUUUUAAGUGGCCUGUAAGUCUUUCUCAAAUUUUUUUUUCUUGGUUGUGAUGAUCAUUUCUACA